AUGAAAGACAAAGAUGUGACCUACUUUCAAAAUUUGGAAAAGAAGUACAUAGCUCAACCUACUUUAUCAACACUUUUUUCUGUGACUUCUAAGUUAGACAAUGAUGGGCUUCGUGCUUCGUAUACUAUAUCAUUGUUAAUUACUAAAACAGGCAAACCACACACUAUUGGGGAAGACUUAAUUUUAAAAGCAGUAAAAGAAGUAAUAACAACUGUGCUCCAUAAACCAGCGGCAAAUAUUAUCCGAAACAUUCCUUGGAACAAUGGUUCUGUACAAAGACGAUUUGAUGAGAUGGCUGAAAAUAUUGAAGAAUCAUUGUGUUCAAUAGUUCUUUUUCUAGAAAUCUUGUUUCUUCAUUUAACACAUUGUCUGUCACUGAUGUGA